AUGGAAGCCAGGAUGAUGGGGAUUACAUGCCACCAGGUACCAGUGGAAGCACAUUCCAGCAUUGGUAAAGUCGAGCGGUAUCACGCACCACUACAUAGAGCAUUCAAUAUUAUCUCUACAGAACUUAGCACUAGUGUUGACAAGGAUAUAGUUCUCCAAAUGGCAGUUAAGGCUGUUAACAAUACUAUGGGACCAGAUGGAAUUGUGCUAACCGUCUAUGAUGUGACAGUUGAUCUUGGUAAUGGUGCUGUCGCUUUCCGGGCAAUACGAGAAGGAAAGAUCGUGACAGAAGGUGCCCUAUUCGAACUUUCAAGUGUUGCAGAGAUCGAUGGUCUGAUUGCAAACGGGACGUUCAAAAUCGUCCACCAAGAUAAUGUGAACCUCAGGGAUCUCUGCAUAUUCAACUCCCGCUUAGUUAAUGAGAUCAAGGGGAAGAAUGAGAUCCCAUAUGAGAAAUCACGCCUAGUCAUCCAAGGAUAUAAUGAUGCUGGGAAAGCUGGGAUCCUAACCCAAGCGCUAACAAUUCAACGAGCUAGCCAGAGGCUGUUGAUAUCCCUUAUCCCCACUUUGCUGAGUAUGGAUAUGGUUGUGGAGAUCCGUGAUAUCACACAAGCGUACACACAGGCCAAGACGAAGUUCAUUCCCGAAGCUGGCGUCCAUUGGUUUGGCACCUACCAUGAGCAUUAUAAGGUGAAAAUAGAUAUGGAGACUUCUAUGUACAAUCCAUGUCUACUCGUGACAAAACCAGGCGCUAAGAGCUUUGGCCUAAUGAGCAUGCAGACUGAUGAUACACUCAUCAUCAUAACAGAAAAGUUUGCCAGAGGUGAGGAGCAAGCACUACAGGAAGCAGGAUUCAAAGCCAAACCUAAAACCCAAUUGUCAAUUACAUUGGCAAGUACCAUCAAGAUGAUCACGGACCGCCUCAAUUUACCUAUAAUCCCAGUUGUGGUUUGCACCGAUAGCUACUCGCUAUAUGAGUGCCUCGUCAAGUUAGGAACCACAAAGGAAAAGCGCCUCAUGAUCAACCUUAUGGCACUCCGUCAGUCAUACGAGAAAUGGGAAAUAGAUGAAAUCUGCUGGAUCCAUGGAGACGAUAAUCCCGUGGAUGCUUUUACAAAGGCGAACCCAAAUAAGGCUCUAUGGGACUUCAUUGACAAGAAUAAGUUGACGAUUUGUGUGGAAGGAUUUGUGGAAAGGACCAAGUAG